AUGGAGGAGGACAAUAACACAAGGGUGACCGAAUUCGUUCUUUUAACAUUUUCUGACCUACCGAAUCAUCAGCUGCAGUUCUUUGUUGCGUUUCUUCUUAUUUUCCUUAUCACAUUGCUGGGAAAUUUAACGAUCAUGAUAUUGACAUUCUCCGAUAUCAAGCUAAAAGCCCCCAUGUAUUUCUUUUUGGGUAAUCUCUCCUUUGUAGACAUGUGUUUGACAUUAGUGACUGUUCCUCAGAUGCUUAAAAAUCUCCUACUGGAUAUUAGAAGAAGAGUUAUCUCAUUUGGUGGCUGUAUGGCACAAAUCUACUUCUUCCUGACCUUUGCCAAUGUGGAGGACUUCCUGCUUGCUAUCAUGGCAUACGACCGAUAUGUGGCCAUCUGUAACCCUCUUCACUAUGUCAUGGUGAUGACAAGGAAAGUAUGUGUACAGAUGCUUAUUGGAUGCUGGCUACUUUCUACUGCAAACUCAGUUCUGCAUACUGCCCUAACAUCAAGUCUCAAGUAUUGCCAAUCCAAUAAAAUCAAUCACUUCCUGUGUGAUAUGGUACCACUCUUCAAGCUUUCCUGCUCUGAUACCACCCUAAACCAACUGGUCAUCUUUACUGAAGGUUCCCUGGUGGUUGUGGGACCUUUUGUGCUUAUUUUGAUAUCCUACAUUCGUAUUAUUAGUACAAUACUGAAGAUCCGCUCUGCAGAAGGCAGGAAGAAGGUCUUCUCUACAUGUUCUUCCCAUCUUACCGUUGUCACCUUUUAUUUUGGAACAAUAAUGUUUAUGUACUUUCGUCCUUCAGCAAGCUAUUAUCUAACCAAGGACAGGAUAGCAAGUGUGAUGUACACCAUUCUUGCUCCAAUGCUUAACCCUUUCAUUUAUAGUCUAAGAAACAAGGAUGUACAGGGAGCAACUAAAAGGUUCAUAGCCAAAAUAAAGAUUUCCUAA